UUAACAUACCAUAUUCCACCAGUACCUAUACAGUACGUAUCGUCUGAACGGCUUCUUCCUCGUUCUAACUUGAAAGCUUAGUAUCGAUGACGACGUUCUGGACUUAUGAUUAUGCCUGUGCACUUCACGAAGAAUGGAAAUUUCUGCGUCGGUCGCGCUGGACCAAAGUAAAAGCCCUUUACAUCAUGACACGACAUCUCCCCUUUUUUCUGAUCGUCAUGUACCUAUGUCUGAACUUCGCCUCGAUCGAAGACCCCAAUAAUUGUCAGAUAUUGAUCAAUGUCUACUCAUCUCUCAGUCAGAUAUCAGCCGUUUGCUCUGAAUGUUUUUUCAUGAUUAGAACAUAUGCGCUGUGGAACAACAAUAGGAUCGUACUCGUGGGCCUGCUGUCCACUGCUUUCGCUAUGAUCGUGACAUCCGUCAGCAUUCGUUUUGCCACCAUUGCCACCUCAUAUGUUACGACUAGCGCGAUCCCGGGCGCCCCUAGUUGCCCCUCGAGGUCAAGCAGUAUUCUGUACUUCAUGUCGUUUAUUUUCUUAUUUGCGUUUCAACUGGUAUUGAUCGCUCUCACACUCACACGUGCCAUACAGAGCUGGCGGUCGACAAAGGGCCCUCUGCAAGCCAUCCUGGUGAAACAUAACAUAUUCUACUAUGUAUGCGGUCUCCUUCUCUCGGCCAUCAACAUCCUCGUGCCAGCGCUAUUUCCAAACUCCCCAUACUAUACCGCCCUCCAAAACUUUCAGGUGUCCAUCCUUGCGAUCCUUGCCACGCGCAUGCACCUCCAUCUCUGGCAUCUCGACCAGCGCAUGCACAGUGCUGAUGCCCUCAUAUGCAUUUCUAUGUCCGACAUGUCACUUGCAGACUGUACGGCGUAAUGUCUUAUCGUGUGGGUUAUCCGUCGUGGGAGGAGCGAGAUUUGGAGUAGUAGAUGACUGGUCGGGGUGGAACCCACUUGACUUAUAAUAAUGAUGAAUUUUUGUCACAUACACAAAUAUUAAUUAUAACACGAAAUCGUAG